AUGGAUCCCGUCUCAGCUGCCGGCUUGGCCAUUGGCGCCGCCUCAAUCGGACUCCAAGUCUACACGAGUUGCAUACAGGGAAUUCAGUUGCUCAUCACGGCCAGAAACUUUCCUGAAGACUGCAAGUUCCUGAACUUGAGGCUGCGCAUGGAGCAACAAAGACUGUUUGCCUGGAGUGAGACAUCUGGUCUGCUCGACCUGGACGGCAACAAGAAGGAUAAGAUUCUUGAAUCAAACACCUUCAUCCUGCAUCGAACCACUGUCCUCGACUUGUUGAUGCAGGUGCAAUGUCUCUUCAAAGAGUUCGAGGAACACCAGCAACGCAACGAACGACUGAAGCCCACGCCAGAUCGUGAUUCGGUCCUCGAGAACCCGGAAAAGGAUGCUGCCGCGGCAAAUUUUCCUCUGCCUGAGAAGAGGAAGCACUUCAUCAAGCGAGCUAUGUCGAAGCUGAAGCAGCGAUCCCAGGAGGGCUUUCUCAUAUUGAACUGGGUUUCUUUCGACAAGGCCGCUUUCGAACUUCUGCUAUCACGGUUCUCAACUCUCAAUGACAACAUGACCGACAUCCUUGAUGCCCGCAUGCAGGUCGAGAUUCAUCAUACCGUACAGGACACAAAUCGAGGCGUCCUGCAGCUGCACCACCGCAUAGCUGAUCUAGGUCGGCUGGUCAUGGCGUUGAACGUGAAGUUGGACGCCAGCGUACCGCUGAAUAUCUCUACGAUGUCCAUGAGCCAAAGAACAGCCAACGCCGACGACCUUAAGCUCAUAUCCAAGUUAGCCAAGUUCAAGGCCUUCAACGAGUCGAUGGAUUCACCGAAACAGCCACCUUUGGAUGAAGCGACAGCCAUGUAUCUUGAGCUCGGGAAGCCUGGUCAACGAGACAAACUUCUCUUGGAUCGAACGAUGUUUGAAUUGGAUGAAGAAGCCGAAGAUCUGGACCAGCCGAGAUGCGAAGCGACUCUUCGUGGCGUCGACGGCAUCAGCAAGAGAGUGUGGAUCGAGUGGAAGGAGUACGAACCUCAGACAGACAAGGAAGAUUCGCCGUCGAAGCAAGUCAUCAUCGAUAGAGUAGGCAAGCUCGCCGCACUACUGAACCACAACCCCAAGCCCGAGGCUUUCCGGACGCUGCACUGCCUGGGUUACUUCGACAUGGCCGGAGCAGAGUCUGACAUGGCAGGCGAUGAUGACAUUUUGAACCGAAAGCUGGGUCUGGUUUUUGAACGGCCCAACGACGACGAUCUCGACCCGUCAUUGUCUCCGGUAUCACUACGCGACCUCUUUCAAAGUGAGCGCAAACCCCGUGUCACCGAUCGAGUCAACCUCGCACACGCCAUCAGCAGCUGUCUGCUUUAUCUGCAUGCCGUGAACUGGCUGCAUAAGGGCCUGCGUAGCCACAACAUCGUCUUCUUCCGAUCCAAGGACGGCCGAGUGGACUACGCAAAGCCCUAUGUGACAGGCUUUGACUACUCACGCCCGGCUCGCAGCGGAGAAGAAACAGACAUACCUGUGGACGACGGAGAGUGCAAUCUGUACCGCCACCCCCAGGUGCAGCUGAUGAACCCGGCAGAGAGGGAGCGCUUCCGCAAAAGCUUCGACAUCUACAGUCUCGGUGUUCUCUUCGUGGAGCUCGCGCACUGGAAGCCAGUGGACACGGUAUUGGGUUUCGACAUCUAUCGCAAGCCGAGUCUCGCGAUCAGGGUCAGGGACGGUCUGCUCGAGGAGGAUCAACUGGCGGAAGUCGGUGCGAGCUUGGGGGAGGUCUUCGAACAGGCGGCAAGAAGGUGUAUCGCGGGAGGAGACCAGCUCGGCCUGGCAAACGGAGAAGAUGAGACAGAUGACACGGUUGCGUCGAAGCUUUCGAUGAAAUUUUACGAGGACGUGGUCCAAAGACUGUACGAAGUGCGCGUUUGA